UCCAAAUAGAGGCGAGUUUUACAUUCUUUCAGAGGAGUGGACCUGAUUUGGUUGAAAUAUCACACCCUUACAUUCCAGCACGGGCCUGUAUUGUAGUGUGAGUGCAUGCAGCCCCAUGUGUUGUGUCGGAGUUCAACUUCCUCGUCCUGCAGAAGAAGAAGGAGGAUAGAGGCGUGACGUCGCUGCCCGCAGAGAGGCCCGUACGGCAGCAGGAGGAGAGAGGCAGGGACACGCCGUGCGGGGACGGACGCUGCUGCUGCCGCAGAGCAAGACUGCUGCGAAACACGGGCAGCGGCCAGGGCACAAAACAACCGGCAACCGCGGCAACUUUGCAGAAACGACAGACAGCCAUAAUGCGGCACCGCCCGCCGACCCCGGAGCUGAUGUGACUGUGCACACCCAAAAGCAGGGAGGAAGCGGCGGACAACCACCACCACCUCUCCCCGGGUUGCCUCGCCUCGUCGCGGUGUGAGCGGCAGGUCAGUCGGUCGGUCUGGCUGUGUGGAGGAGGGGGGACAUGUCCUCGCUAACCGUGGAGGAGGACCAGAAAUGGUUACCGACACACGUCCAGGUGACGGUGCUGAGAGGCAGAGGCUUACGGGGCAAGGGCAAGCACGGCACAAGCGAUGUGUACACUAUCAUCCAGCUGGGGAAGGAGAAAUACUCGACCUGCGUGGUGGAGAAGACCACCGAGCCGGAGUGGAGGGAGGAGUGCUCGUUCGAGCUGCAGCCCGGUGUGCUGGAGAGCGGCGGGAAGAGCAGCUAUCCGGCCGGGAGCAACGAGCUGGUCCUCAUCGUGAUGCACCGGGCGCUCAUAGGAAUGGACGUUUUCCUCGGGCAGGCAGUGAUCCUUCUGGAUAAACUCUUUAGUGAGACCAGAAACGUGAAAAACGAGUGGUACAAGCUCAACUCUAAGACGGGGAAGAAGGAGAAGGAACGAGGAGACAUUCAAGUCACCAUCCAGUUCACCCGAAACAACCUGACAGCCAGCAUGUACGACCUGGUCAUGAAGGACAAGGGCGCCUCCACCUUCGGCAAGCUGAAAGAGCGCAUUAAGGGGAAGAGGAGAUCCAGUGAGGAGGACUCGGCGUCGGCCGUCCUGCCGAGUGGUUACGGGUCCCUUUACAGGAUGCGUAACCGGCUGCCGAGCGACGGUGGCGGGGAGGAGGACUACGAGGACGACGAGGGGGGAGAGGUCCGACGGAGCAAGAUGAGGACCUUCUUCUUGAGAGGGAAGCUGAGGAAGUCAUCGGACACUCGCUCCAGCACGUCGCUCGGCUCGGAGAGCAGCGAGUCGUCAUCACGGGGCGGGAGCCUGAGCCCCACGGCCGGCAUCAGCGUGGUGGUGUCUGACCUCUCCAACUCGCCCAGUAACAGCAGCAACCUGACAGUCGAUAACAGCCCAGAGCACACGUCGCCCAAGUCGUCCUCUCUCAAAUGUGAGUUUGGUGAUGAGGCCGGUGAGAUCACCAUCGCAGUGCCUCAGCCCACUGUGUGCGUUAACGGAAGCCAUGCUUACAAAAUCCAGCCCCCGGACCCAGGCUCAGGAAAACCUGCAGAUUCGUUAGGCCUGGGACUGUUGCAGAAGUCUUUGCCUUUCUCCACGUCGCUGCAGAACCUCAGACCUUCCACAGACCUCCCCAAAGGCCUCGUCGGGGACGGGCGCCGCUGGUCUUUUGACAAGCCCGGCGAGGAGGAGAAGGCGGCCAUAGCUGCGGCUCUGGAGCAAAGCGGCCCCAUGCUGGCCGACGAGGAGGAGGAGCAGUUGGGACAGGCCGCUCCGCCCAAAUCCGCCUCCUCCUCCUCCUCCACGGUGGAGUCGGAAAGCCAAGGGAAAAAGCAGAGGAGGAACUUUUUCUCCCACGGGAGGAGUGAGUCUGCGGGGAAAGGGCAGAGUCAGUCCAGGGAUGAGUCUGAACAGGCCCCCGCUGCCACCGAGGAGAAACACAAGGGAUGGUUUGGAUCAAAGGAGUCGCACAGCAAACCGAGCCUGGUGGUGUCACCUAGACUAGAGCCCAGCACUGACCCCCACCCGCCACCCCUCCCACCCAGUCACCACCCCCCGGGUCCCCCCGUAGAUCCUCUGGUUUCUCCACUGCAUCACUCUAACCCCUUCUGCAGCUCACCACCUCCCAUAUCCCCCUGCAACCCUUUCUUCUCUCUCAUGCAGCACAACCCUUUUUAUGACGACAUGCUAACCGCUCAGCCCCUAAAACCUUCGCUGCCUCCUCUGCCCUAUCUUUCCAGCGCCCGGCCCCCCAUAGCUCAACUCUUUCCACAGGCGAGUAACCCUAAUCCCACCCUGACUCCCAAUAACCCAGCCACAGAGGACUCCAUCAUUGGUACGGAUGCAAAAAGCGAGGUGAUGGCCAAAGCUGAGAAACGACCUCUUCCUCCUCCUCCUGCGGUGGAAGGGGAGAAACCUUUAAGUAUGAAGCUAUCCAACCCUUUUAUGCCUGCCGGGGACCCGGAUUCAGAGUGGGAUGAAUCCUUUGAAGCGUUUGCCGCUGGCAGGCUGCAGUCUCCUGAGGAUCUGACCACAGACUGCAAAACACAGCAAAACACAUCCAGCGACAAUCCACCGAAACACUGCAAUAAUAAAGGUGCAUUACCACCCAUAAUGGAUCGAAACACAAAUGUAGAUAACGCACUACUUCCUCAACCUUGCACAGAAUUUGCAUUCGAAGCACAUAAAGCCCUCAGCCAGGCGACCAGCACUAAUACACAUCAUCUUGACACAUUUGCACAAUUCCUCGAGACAAUCCCAGAGCACACCAGCUUUGAAAACACAACUUUAGAUGCUUCCAUUAACUCACAGGAACUGGAUGCUCGCACUGAAACUAAUCAAGCUCACAGUGACACUAACACAAAUGAUUUAACCGACACUCAUAUGCAUCAACCCCCCUGCCACACCUCGGCUGUAAAGCUCAACAACAGCUCCCCGGAUCCCGGUUCUUCUGGUCUCGGCAGCUCCGCAGAAGAGGAUUUCCUCUCCUGUGUCUCUUCCUACUCGGAUAAAUUCUCAGCAUCCUCCUCCGAGGAAGCCGAGGCACAGAACUUUGAAAGCAACAUCCUCGGCUUUGAGAAAUCCUCUGAUUCAUCUGUUGAAAAGAAUGUUAAGCCCUCAGAAUUGGGAGACGACAUUACUGACAGGUCCAUUGAUCUGUCUUUAGUUGAUGUAGCCCAGCAUACUGUUAUUCUGCACAGUGAUGGUGAUGAAAAGGCAGAUUUAAACAGUCUAGAGGCGUUAUCGGCAUCACAGUCCUCAGUGCUUGAACACCAGCAGCCUGUGAUCACCGCAGGAGAGACGGGAAGUGAGGAUGCAGAUACACAGGAAGAAAACUUUACCAACACUGACUUGUUAAAAGAACUACAGCCAAACAUCUCUUCACAGCCGGACAAUGAGAAUGGAGAGAAAGGCACAGGUGAAAUCAACGGAGAGGAUAUUUCAAAUGUGUUAAAUGAUUCCUCUCUAUCUGCAAGUAACUCUACAGAUUUGUUGACUUCUACGACUCCUGAUGAAGAACUCUGCUCCACACACCCGUCAUUACACAUCAUAACCUCCUCCCCUGAUGUGAGGCAGAGUUCGUCCGACUCUCUCAUUGAGAGCACAAGUUUAGGAGGACGGGAUGCAAGCCAGGCUUCGCCUAUCCCAUUCAGGCUUUUUGGUGAUUUCCUCAACAUAGCUAACAGUCCCGGCCAAGACUUUGACGAUGCAUUGAUGCACACUCAGGUGUCCGAUCAGAGCUCCAGCAGCAGCUUUUACCAAAGCCUUUACGUCAGCACCAACUCACAGGAAUACCAAACCUGUGCGUCCAACCCGUCCUCCAAAUGCUCCAGCGGCUCGGAGCCAAACGAGACGCUGCACUCUGCGACCUCGACGCUCUGCGGUGAGCUGAGUGACAUCCAGACGACUGCUGAUGCUGCGAGCCAAGAAGACUCCACCAAUGCAUGCAAGCUAACUAAUGAAGAAAUCAAACAGUUUGAAGGAGCCGGGGACAAGAUGGCAACUGUUGCGCCGAGCUUCAUGAUAGGGGAUGACAUUGCUUCGCUCCCCGUGGCAUCGACAAACUCUCACAUGAGCUGUAAUCCGAGGAAGCUCACAGAAGGAGGUGUGGAAAGUCAGCACGUCGUCUCCGGCGACAUGUUCUCGAAAUGCCCUCAGGCACAAAGUGCCACGCUACACCGCUCCCAGUCUGAGGGAACACUGACACCCGCCUUCGACGAACUCCUCCUGCCCUCCUUCGGGAGUGAUCCCGGUGCAAUACAGGAGUCCUCGCCCGGCCCUGACCUCCCCCCUCUGACCUCCUUUGCUCCUUCUCUAACUCCUCAAAGUAGCAGCUCCCCUGUAGCGCUCUGUUCCCUCCCUCCUUUUGCCAACGCUACAGCGAGGUCACCACCCAGCGCGGCAGGAGCUGCGGCGCCAAAGCAAAUGCUUCAGGACACGCAGCAGCAGGCAGCCAAUCAGGAGAUCAGCCCCCACCCGGUGAAGCCCCUGACCACUGCCAUGCUGGCUGAGGAGAAGCGGACUGAGGGCCGGUCAGUGCUGGCCACCGGCCUGGAGAAGCUCAAGUCCACCAUCCACCCGGGGAGGAGCAGCCAGCCGAGCGAGCAGGAGACAGACAGGAAGAAGUCCGGGUCAGAAGGAGCGGGCUCGUACUACCACCUGAACCACAGUGAACUGGUCGCCCUGCUGGUGCAGCGGGAGACGGAGCUGGAUCGGCAGAAGGCGGAGUUUGAGCGGCAGAAAUUGUUGCUGGCCAAGCGGGAGGUGGAGCUGCGGAGGCUGAAGCCGCAGGUCAGAGAUCUGGAGGACUACAUUGACACGCUGCUGGUGCGCAUCAUGGAGCAGAAGCCAACUCUCCUGCAAGUGCGCUCCAAGUUAAAGUGACGACCGGGGGGGAAAGGGUUUGCAGUUCUGUUCACUCUGUCCUCCACAACAGCUCUUUAGUCUUUUUCACUGCUAUGCUGUCCUUUUUGAUACAAAUAUCUAGGCACCGAGAGAUGUCGAGGCGACCGUUUCCAGCCGGCAUGCUUUACUGUGCUGAAACUCGUCCUCGUAGAAAGCUUUGGAUCGGGCGGUUCUGAAUGUAGCGGGUCCUCAGGUUGCUUUCAGGUUCACACAGCCACUUGGUUUUGAGCUCACAGAGGAGAGCCCAGAUGCUUCCAUUUUGGGAUCCUGAUUGUAGAAACAUUGAUUCCUCCUUUUCACCUCACCUCACUUCUAUCACUUUAUCACAAAAGAGAGAAAUGGUAGAGUUUCAGUCCAUAACACUGUAUAUCCAGCUAACUCCUCACACAGUUUUUCAAGAACGAUUCUCCAAAAGUGUUGCAGCGAUCACCAUGAAAGGCCACUCCGGUGCUUUUGCAUGUUUCAGACCAUUAGCUACAAAUUGCAUAUGCUCUAAAAUCAAUGCAGGCCAUUUCUGUAGCAUACCAUCAGGUUUAGAUUGAUUUUAUACCUCCAAGGCAGCUGCUGGUUUCACUUCACUUCAGUGCAGCAUGAAACUCAACUUGCAGAGCAUCAGUGAACAUUUUGACGUAUUUGUUUUUAUUUUAUAGUUGUGUUAGGAAGCUAGUUGAGAGUCAGUGCUGUGAUAUCCAAGAUACAAUUGCCAGAAAGCAUUACAAUCACAAGCUGAAGUGUAGGUCUGCAACUUUUGUUAUUCUAAUUUUCAAUCAAUCCACUGAUUAUUUUCUUGAUUAAAUCAUCAAUCAUUAGGUCUAAAAAAAUGUAAGUGCAAAGUGACCUGUUUUGUCAGACCAACAGUUCAAAAUCCGAAGAUAUUCAGAUUAUUGUAAUGUAAGAGAAAGGAAAAAAAGCAAAUCCUCAAAAUCUGGGAAGAUGAAAAUAUCAGGUUUGGCAUUUUGAUAACUGAUUUAAACAAAUAUUUAAUUCUGCAAAAGUUAUAUUUUGAGUAAUUGUUUCAGCUCUACGAUCUGUCAGAAAAUGAAAAGAAAUUUUUAAUUCUGGUCAGUUAUACUAAAUAAAUAUAAAUACACAAAUAAUAAAAUAAUAUUAAAAUGAUCCAAGAUAUGCCAAAAAGGCGCCGCUAAAAACUGCUAUACAGCAUAACACAAUGGCAAAGCAAAUUACAGUAUCAUAAAGUAUGUCGACUAAAUAUCAAAUUUGGUUUUUCAUGCUUAAAGAAAAUAUUUCACAUGCAAAAUGAGUUCUGUUAACUCGGAUUUAUGGGGAAAAUUGAACAGUGAACAGAUAAACCCCAAAAAUUGAAGUAAAUGGGGGGCGCAUUUCAUAACAUCAAAACUAUGUCAAAAGAUCAGUUUGCAAACUCUCACUGCCAACCACAGUACUUCACAAAUACAUGCAUUUUGCUAAAAUCUCACUAUUUAAAACAGUUCCCAUAAACACAAGAAUUGGACAAUUCUAAACCAUCGAAGCAUGCAAGAAAAACAAACUUCUCUUCAAGAAUUCAGGCUAACACAGGUUGAGUAAUUGAUGGACAAAUGGUCAAUUUUGGAGGGAAGUAUUCCUUUUAAAGUAUGGUUCAACAUUUUGGGAGCAUGCUUAUUCACUUAACUUACCAAGAGUUAGAUGAGAAGUCGAUACCGUUCUCCAGACUGAGAAAUAGUAUUGAUCUUUCUGCUAACUCUCGGCCAGAAAGCAAAUAAGUGCAUUUCCCUAAAUGUCGAGGAAUUCCAGAAAUGAACUGAAACAAAUGGCUGCUCAGAAGGAAGGCAGUAAAUCGAUCAUCUUCAAGUAUGCUUUGCAAAAUACGCUGCAUUAUUUUAAAGUAUACACAGGUAAAUACAUGCAAAAAAAACACCAACAUGUUUCUGAGACAGUUGAAUGACAUCACUUCUUCCUCACGGUCUACAUGCUGUUUUGGAUUGACACUCUACAAACGUUCCCUAAUUAAUACCGAGUGCUCUGACUAGUUCUUGAAACUACAAACCAAAUGAGCGGUGUGAGAGCUCUGCCUCAUCGCGUGCACAGUAAUGGGAACUGAUUGUAGCUUCUGAAUGUUCAAAAGUGUUCUUAGCCAGCAAGUGAAUGGUUUUAUUUUCUACGCACGAUGAGUGCUGUUUAUCUUUUGCUUGCUCCUUUCUACGUUCUUCCCCUCCUUUUUUUUAAUUCUUCUCUCUGUUCUUUGGGCAUGUCUUGAAAUUCCCCAUAAUGCUCAGCCACAUAAGCUAACUGAUUCUUGUAUGGGUCACGGUGUUAUCAGGUGAAGACAGUUCUCACUCAGUAUCCAGUUCAGUAUCAAGAUCAGCCAUCACAGCGUCUCUGAUCUCAAGCUUCUGCCUUCCCACCUGUGUGUUAUCAACACGGCUCCACUGUUGAGAAAAUGCCUGCGAACGUGCUGGUUCUUGACUCCCCCCAACCCCCCCAACCCCCGUGUCUGUGUGUCACAUACGCUUCUGCCCCAGCACGCAUAUCGCUACAGCUUUCAGGUGUUACAAAGGGAUAUAUACCGCAUUUUUACAGCAUAUAUGCCGUAUCGAAAUGCCAAAUGCUGCCUUAUUUUUGUUUUGUUUUGACGCUCGUCAACAAUCUAGCACUUCAUUUUACUUGUCCGGGCAGGUUUUGAAGAAGAAAAGCCAUCUGAUCACUGAGAGAGUUCACUUUUUUUUUUUUUUUUUUUUUUUUACUUCUUUCAAUGCUUUGUUAAGAUAUUGUUUAGAUCACUGCACAAAAAAAUGUAUGCAUACCAAUAGAAAAUAAGCAGAAACAGUGAUUUCCUGUGAAAUGCCAAAAAAAAAAAGCCUUGAAACUUAAUCUUUGGAGCAGAUCGAUACACCAUAAAGUAUUCUGAUAUGAUGCCACUUUUAACAGCAUUUGUGGAUGUUCUUGCACUACUUAAUCGUCAGAACAUAACUCUACUGUACCCGUCUGUUGAUAUCGGUAUAGUUAGAUCUACUUUACACCGUACUGCACUUUCUAAUUGCUCUGUGAUUUAAGCACUUGGCCUACUUUGACACCACAGCCAUCAUUCGCCAGUGAGCUUGAAGCAUCCAAAAACAUCAGAAAAACCGUCUCGUCAUCUCAGUUCUGCUGUGCAAUCGCAGUAUCAAGUGCAUAGAUGACUGUAGAGGCAUAUUUAAAUGUGAGUCGGCACUUCUUAAGAAUAAAUGUCCUCUUCCAUGUCUUCCAUUUUUAUUUAAGUUUAAACUGAUUGUAUUUUGUCCUUGAGUGUGUAGCCGGUGGAACGUGCUUAAGGUAGUAUGUGAGAUUGGAAAGUUUACAAUUCGUGAUGCAAUUCUGUUUCACAAAUUUUGUAUAUUUAAUAAAGAAUAUUUUGUGUUUCUUGCUCACCGUA